AUGGCGUCACCGAACGAAGACGGUGUCUCACCACCACCACUCAGCAGCUCUGACAUUCUGGCCGUUGAGGAGACAGAGGAAGAGAAGAUCCAACGACUUGGCCGAGAGAGGCCGCCGUGUUUCAAGUCUGCAUGGUCCGAGGUCGUCUUCGUGGCUACCGUUGCCAUGAGUCAGAUAUUGACCGAGUUCUUUGUUUCAGGCUUCAAUAUCUUGUUACCCACAGUCACGAAUGAACUUCAUAUCCCGACCUCCUCGAGCGUCUGGCCAGCUACUGCCUUUUCAUUAUCGAUCGCAAGCACACUUCUUAUCUUCGGUCGGCUGGGCGAUCAAUAUGGUGCCUACAUCGUCUACACUAGCGGACUAGCAUGGCUUCUGCUCUGGUCUCUCGUUGCAGGAUUCAGUCAGAAUGCGCUGAUGCUGAUCUUUUGUCGUGCACUGCAAGGUCUAGGCCCGGCCGCCUUCUUACCUACCGGUGUGCAACUGAUUGGCAGCUCGUAUCGACCAGGUCCUCGCAAGAACAUCGUCUUCUCGAUAUAUGGCAGUGCGGCUGUAGGUGGGUUCUUCCUCGGCAUCUUCUGUGCUGGCAUGAUUGCACAAUUUACGCAAUUUGGGUGGUACUUCUGGGUUGGCGCUAUACUCACGGCCUUGACCUUGGCGCUCGCAAUAUUUGCUGUGUCAAACGAUAGGGAGAAGGCAAAGGAAUACCACAACGAGAUGGACUGGGUUGGUGCCGGAUUGAUACUAUCUGGUGUUGUGCUUCUGGUCUUUUCAUUGACCGAUUCGGCACACAGAGGAUGGCAGACUCCACAUAUUCCAACACUAUUCAGUGUGUCGGUUGUCUUGCUACUCAUUGCGUUCUAUUACGAGGGAUGGGUCGCCAAAAGUCCUCUGCUGCCUUCGGACAUCUUCACUGUCCCUCCUGCAACUCCUCUCUACUUGUCCAUUUUCGUCCUAUACGGCACAGUUGGCAUGUAUCUGCUCUAUGGUACUCAGUACUUCGAAGCUGUGAUGGGCGCCUCUCCGCUACAGAUCGUGGCAUGGUAUAGUCCAAUGGCCAUAGGCGGGUUCGUUUUGGCGCUCGGUGAAGGUUUACUUCUGCACUUUGUUCCUGGUCGAAUCCUGCUGAUCAUAUCUGGAUGUGGAGCUGUUGGUGCUCAGCUUCUGCUUGCACUGGUUCCAGUUGGAGGAAGCUAUUGGGCAUAUAUUUUCCCAUCAAUGGUACUGGGAACAAUUGGUAUCGACCUUUCGAUCACCCUUGUCAUGGUCUUCGUGACCACACAGCUACCAUUGGCUCGGCAAGGAUUAGCUGGUGGCUUCGUGAACUCUGUCCUGCAGUUGGGAAUGGCUUUCCAGAUUGGCUUAGCCGAUAUCAUUCGUGCAAAGACAGAGCCUUAUGCGGGGACCGUCCAGAGCUACAAGAACGUGUUUUACUUCGGUGUUGCUGCAGGUGCGCUUAGUCUUGUCAUCUUAGCAUGGAAGGGCAAGGUCGCUGCUGCAUCGGCAGAUCUGACAGCGGAUGAGAAGGCGCAAUUGCAGAGGGCAGCAACUCGUGAAAGUCAGAAGGUUGAUGGACAUUAG